AUGGAGGUCAUCAAGCUGCCCAGCCUCAAGGCGCUAGUGCCAGCGGCGGUCGCUCACAUGCGUCUGCUGCAUGCAGUCGACACUUUCCCGCGGGGCGGCGUGUGCCAGGGACCGUACCUCAAGGAGGCCCUGCGGCGCUACGAGGACGUGUGGUUGCCGCUGCUGAGCGCGCGGCGGCUGGCGGGGCAGCCGUGGCAGGACUUGGUGCCGCCCCUGGACGUGGCGUUCGUGUGGCACCUGCACCGCCUGCAGCCGUCGCUGUACGCGGCGGACUGCCAGCGGCUGGCGGACGCGCAGGGGCACGUGCUGCACGUCGAGCUGUCGCAGGCCUUCGCGUUUACAGACGGCACGGACAAGGCCGGCGCGGCCUCUGCAGCUGCGUGGCGCGCCGCGCACCCCAAAGAGCCGUUUUACCCGCCCCAGCCCGGCGCCGCGACGGCCGCAUUCCGCAGCCGCCUGAGCGCUGACCUGGCGGCCGCGGCGGUGCGCGUGCCCAUCUUUACGCACCAGCUGCUGCGGCAGCAGUACGUGCAGCGGCCAUUCCUCAACCGCGCACUGGCAAGGUAUGCCAAGCUGCUGCUGCUGCGCAAGCACCGGCUGGACCUGACUUCCCCGCUCCCAAUGCUGGACAUGGUUCUCAUGAU